CCGAGUUCUAGCAACGCUCUGCAAAGUCUCAUGUCUCAAUGAUGGAGAUUUCAACUCCCCAUAUGCUGGCAAGACUGCCUCGUCCUGCCAGGCAAGAUGCUGCUACUCGUUUCGGCACGGUGUAUGCUGUACGCGACGGCCUGAAGAAGCGGAGAAAAGAAAUUUGCGUGGGUGUGGACGGCGACUCCCUUGGGCUGUAUGAGAUCCAAAACGGGAGCAUUCUCGCCUCUUAUCCCGUACCUCCUAACUCCCGUUGCCUUGGGCCUCCCUGUUCGAUUCGCGAAGAAUCACAAGGGCAGAUCCGUCGAACGACUUACUGCGCCAUAAAGCGAGACACAUUACGGAUCGAAUCCUUCCAGACCUCAGGAGAUGACGCAUACCGCGCGGCGUCCUGUGCAAGUGGAGCAUUGGAUGAACAAGAGAGCCCCAUUCUACUACUUGAAGUGGUGCUGAAAGGCACGGAAAAAGAGCUGGUAGCAGUUCAGCAAAAUGGCGACAUCGCAAUUUUCUCUGAAGAGUUGAACACCACGUUGUCCAAAGGAACACUUUGUUCCAGGCGCUAUCCGAACAUUAGGAUCUUGGCCGUUCAACAUCUCACAAGUUCGGAAGCACAGAAAACAGUAUUAAAGCAGAGACCAGAUCUGCUUAGCGAGGCUACUCCCGAGAGCUCCUACUUGGUGGUUGCAUACUGCAAAACCGAAUAUCACACAAACCCGAACAGUGUGUUCUACGGUGUCUGGCCAGUUGGCGCAAUCGACCGGAACGUUGCUGCCCAUGGAGCACCGAUUUACCCAUUGUUUGACCAUGAACUAUCGGCAGGAGAGAACAAGGCAAAGUCAAGUUCGUCCAAGGACCGAUCUUAUACGUUCAACUCCAAAGCUUCAAACCUAUUCCUUCGCGCCGGAGAAACCUUUUACUCGUAUGAUUUGACUGGUCUGGUACCUUUCUUGUCUUCGGCACUAUCUACUGGUUUGAACUGCUCGUACGAAAUCAUGGCCAUCUCAUCUGCGUUUGCCAUAUGUUCAUUCGAAGAGUCAAUCCGGCUUUAUGACCUCAAAUUUCAGUCUGUGCAGGCUCAGAUCGAUGCGAAGAAGGGCAAUCUCAAGCGGAAACGCAUGACAAUGGCCGCCCAAGACCGGAGUGGCCCCGUUGAGUUUCUCGCUUAUUACCCCCAGUCUGCGCGUGUCAUCGGACGGAGGCGUCAUCAGCUGCUCGCGAUAGAUAUUUCUGCUAUAUCAUCACGGCAGCUACUGGAAACUGGGAGCAGUCUUCUCCAAAAUAUCGGACGUGGUAUCAGUAGUCAAGUUACGACGAUUGGUUCUUUCGAUAAACGGUUAUCGUCCAUCGGUACUGCGACUAUAAUUCCAGGAUCCAGCGUGGAUUGGCAGUCUGUGAGGCAACGACUCGAUCACCUUGCUGAGACAGGUGAUGUUGCCGGCUUUGAACACACUUUUGUCAACGACAUUCGACAGACUACGAUGCAGUCACCGGCUUUUGAAGGGACGAGCGAAGAUUUGCCUCUUGAUCGUAUAGCAAUCCCGGACUUCAAAAUCAACUACCUUCUGACAAAGAUCUUUCAGUUAGGUGCGACGCCGAGUACCCUAGACAAUACACCUAGCAUCGCAGAAAAGGCGUUUAAUAUCCGAGUUCCGUCAUUCAAACUCAUACUCUGGCUGUGCCGUUUGGGAUUGCUGUCCGCCCGAAACUUGCAAAAUGCAAUCUCGAACUCUCCUUCUGGGACAGGAUUGACCGUUGUUGGUAUACACGGUGUGGCGCAAGCUCUGCUUGAAGCCGAUUCAUCAUAUAGCUUGCUGGUAGAGUGUCUCGAAAAUGGGUUCAGUCCAUACGUGGAGGAACAAGCAGCCGUGGUGCAGCUACUCAUUCGACAAGCUCUAGCUACAUCUUCCGAAGCAGCCGUUGCUGGAACAGACCGCCAGACAGAUUCAAUGGAAGUCGACACUCCCGCGCAAGUCCAGCCACUCUCGGUAUCAACAACAGACACACCGUGGUUGGCCCCUACGCUACAAAGAGCGCUAAUUGAGGCGCUCGACAGACUCGGCACUGCUGCAACUUCACUCAUCUCCAUUAAUUUGAAAACUCUGCUGUCACAGACAGAAGCGCUGGCUCUUAUUCAGUUCUUACGACAACAACUCUUCCAGGGGGGUCAUACUCGGUCAUUUCAAAACCUCCCCGUGCAAACUGAGCCAUUGCCGACUGUCAAGCUUGCUGCGAGCAUCAAGAUACUUUCAGGCUGCGUCGAUGCCAUUGGACCUCUUGGCUUCUUUGGGGCUUUGGAUCACGAAGAUUUUAUGGGCAACAUCGUACCUGAUCUGGUGACGGAGAUCACACAUACCAAGCAGAGUCUGGAGGAUGUAGCAGAGUUGCAAGGGAUUCUCCGCGAGACGUUGAGAUACCAGGAAUCUAUGCGAAAACAUCAGGCUGCGGGGGCCCGUGUUCCUGUCUAUGGAAAUGGAUUAGGGAUCCCUGACCAGCGUCCAGGAGCCAUAGUGACGCUGUACUCGGAGACUGUCGAGGGAGAAGACGAUCCGCAGCCUGGCCCAGGUCUUCCUCUCAGCCUGAAGGUCGAGAAUGUGGUCAGCGCCGUAAAGAUCAGAAAAGGUGGGGGCCAGUUAAAGCAUCGGUCUAUCCGACAGAAAAGGAUGCUGGAAAGGAUGAACAAAGGCCAGUACUCAUUUGAGCGACUGGCUUUAUGAGGUUGGUAGCUGCGCAAAAUGAAGAGCGGAUCCGAGUCUCUGAAUAAUCAUGUCUUGUAAACCUUCUCACCGAUUCAGGCUGGACUGGAGCAGAAGCGAG